AAGAGAAACGACGCACGCACUCUUUAUCGCCCGUCCACGCCUGUCGUGUCUGCUCGUACUUGUCGCUUGUCGCGCCAAACGGUGCGACAGCCCAACCAAGCCCAACGACGGGACUACCGUAGACCGUGUCCAACUGGGCUAAGAGAAAGCGCCCUCAUUAUGGAGCAUGCGCAUUCGAAUAAUCCAACUUGAGCUCGUCGUUUUGGACAUCCGGCAUUAGCUCGUUCUUUCAACGAUUCAAGAUGGCUGAUCAGACCGAACGCUCGUUUCAAAAACAGCCAACGGUAUUUUUGAACCGGAAAAAAGGACUUGGUCCCAAGUCCCGUAAACCUGCCCGCUACAGCCGAAAUGUCGGGCUAGGGUUUAAAACACCACGCGAGGCCAUCGAGGGGACAUACAUAGAUAAAAAAUGUCCCUUCACAGGGAACGUUUCAAUAAGAGGACGAAUCCUGACUGGUGUCGUCCAGAAAAUGAAAAUGCAGCGAACGAUAGUGAUCCGCCGGGACUAUCUUCAUUAUAUCCGCAAAUAUAACAGAUUCGAAAAACGCCAUAGAAACAUGAGCGUUCAUUUGAGCCCCUGCUUCAGGGAUGUUGAAAUCGGAGAUGUGGUUACAAUUGGAGAAUGUAGGCCAUUGAGUAAAACUGUUAGAUUCAAUGUUCUCAAGGUCACCAAGGGAACUGGAUCGAAAAAGAGCUUCAAGAAAUUUUAGAGCUCUUCAGAUUUCAUUCUAAGUAUGGAGGAAACAUCGGGGAAAAAUCAUUGGAGGCGCCGUUGAGGAAGAAGUUGAAUAAAUUUCUUAUCACGGAUUAAA